GGGACCGGGGGGGGGGACCUGGGAUGCCGGGGGGCCGCGCCCCGAGCCGCCCCGAGCCGCCCCGGUGCCCCCGCAGGGUGCUGGAGGCGCUGCCGCCGUUCGAGCGCGUGGUGCAGCCCGAGGAGCUGUGGCUCUACAGGAACCCCUUCGUGGAGGCCGAGCGCGUCCCCUCCGUGCCCAUGUUCUUCAUCGCCUUCCUGUCGCCCUUACUGCUGGUUGUCCUGGCCAGGCUGUUCCUGGGCGCUGACCAAGACGACACGCGGGAGGCCUGCCUGGGCCGCGGCCGGACUUCUUCUAUCGAUGCUUCCCGGACGGACGAGCGAACGCGGAGCUGGCGUGCACAGGCGACCCCAGCAUCGUGGCUGAGGGACGCAAAAGCUUCCCCAGCGGCCACGCUUCUUGUAAGUCCUCAGCGUCCCCAGGCAACGAAGCACGGUGAGCAGAAACCUGGGGAGAGGGGUUUGGUUUCUUACACCCCACAGCUCUGUCUGCAUUCAUUGGCUCCUAAAAGUUGCCUUUGCUGGUCUCGCCUUCUCUGCCUUCUACCUGGCCGGGAAGCUGCACUGCUUUGCUCCCGGCCAGCGUGGCACGGCUCUGCGGCUCUGCGCCUUCCUCCUCCCCCUGUUCAUCGCCACCCUCAUCGCCUUGUCCCGCACCUGCGACUACAAGCACCACUGGCAGGAUGUGCUGGUCGGCUCGGUGAUAGGCUUCGUGCUUGCGUACCUCUGCUACAGGCAGUAUUACCCUCCUCUGACGGACUCCAUGUGCCACAAACCAUCUCUGUCUAAAUCCAAACAGCUGCCAGCGCACCAAGAAAAGUCUGCGACUUCCAGCUUUCACCUGGACAUAUAACGAAGGGCUCUGUCCUGCUGGCGCCUUUCCUUCCGCUCCUUGGGUGACGGAGCAGGGGAGGCUGGAGGAGGUUGUUCCUGGCCCACAAGAAUUGUCUCAAAGGGGGAUGAACCUGAAAACCAAACGGGAACUCGUCUCUGCAGUGUUGGUAAGUUGUGCUGUUCAGGGGGCCUGUGUUUAGUUUUUGUGAGUUUUGUAGGCGUCCCUUCCUCUGGACCCAAUGGAAAGUGAGUUCAGCAGCCAGUGUGCAAGCCUGCAGCAGGACAGCCCGGCUAUGAAAGGUCCUGAAGCUGAAAACUGGAACAAUGUGACUGUGUUGUGCCCUGUCUGGGGGGUGUUCUUGGGUCUGGGCCAGACAGCUCGGUCAGAUGUCUCCCUUCAACCCGGCCGCGCUGUCCCACUCCUCACGGGAACUGUGUCGUAGUGAGUGCAGGGCCUGGCUGGUGCCGGGGUGACGUGCGUCUUUUCAGUCGGAGCUGAACUCAUUUAGAGUAAUAAGUGCAAGGCUGCAGCCUUUAUCCAUGGCUUAAGUGAGGGGGAGAGAGAAGAUGCAACUAGCGUGAUUGUUCUGUGCGUUAUUGUGCUAGCCCUGUUUGUUUUCUUUUUCUCCAAUUUGGCAAAUAAAGGAGUUUAAUUUUUCAAACGA